AACGUUGAUGAUGACUGAGGCGCUGACUUUUAGUAACGUUGAGAUGAAGUUUCUACUUAUGUGCUUUUGCUGGGAUGGCUGAUCAUUCGAUGGUCCGUGCGCGUCGCGUCUUCACUUGCAAAACGCGUGACGCCAUAGCGGGACGCAAUUGGAAGUCAAAUAUUAGGUAGAGUAUCUUAGUGGCACAGAUACCUAUAUCACUGCAAUUCAGGAUUAACACCCAAGCCCCGGAGCAAUUGCAUGCUUGAAGCAGUUGUGAUUCUGCAAACCCCAUGAUUUCUUCAUCAUUGAUGGAUAGAGGCGACAUUUCCCUGAGAUGUCCUCUUUAGCAGGGCCGUAUCCUGGCGCGUCGCGUCCUUUAAGCAGAGCAGAGUCGAGACGCUCAUCAACCUCGGGCAUUCUCACUCCAACCCACGAUGCACGCUUGAACCGAGCCCGGUCCCAAAGCCAAAGUCAGGGGCUACAGAGCCUCCAGGAUCCAAGGUCGGCUAGCUCCAGCUCUGGGAAGCGCAAGAGGGAUGCCUCAGAUUCGACUGGAGACAGCCUCUUGCGGGCUCCAAUUGUUCUUAAGCCGCAUCCCUCAAACCUGACUGUGAAGCCGCGCAUGCUGCAUCCCUUGAUGCUCCUGCCCCGCGAACGCUUGUUUCUCUCCGCGCUGGACCUCGAUAAUCCUCACGGUGACUUUCCCGAUAACCGCCUCUUUGAAUCCAAGAUUAAGAUCCUCGAACUCGAAGGACGCUUAGGGUCAAAUGUUCUCCUUGCCCGCUCCGAGACAAGUCGCAUCGUCUAUGCCAUUGAACAUGAGAGCAACGGCCUGUAUGUGCUAUGCAAGCUUGGACCAUGGGUGGACAUUCAGGCACUCGCCGAGAGCGCCACGGUUGUGUGCAGGGAGCGGAUAUGCGGCAACAAACCAAUCAAGUCUGAGAACACGGCUGCCGUCCCGUUAAUGACGCCUCUCAUGUACAAAGAAAACAAGAGGAGGAGAUUGGCCAUGGACGAACUGCAGCUUCUAGUUCAGAGACGGCCCAGCACAGCUAUUGAUAGGGCCUCUCAAGACCAAACGCCGACUCCCGCUGAGGAGCGACCUGGAUCCAGGGGUGCCAACAGUCAGAGUGCUAAACCGGCUGAGGAGCCUGUCAAACCUCCAGCCGACCAGCUCCCAUCUUUGUCCGGUGGGCGAGAUCCUCAAGCUCCUCACCCGGCCCUUGGCGAUGAUCUCUCAGGUCCACCAAACGCCCAAGACAUCUUCCAGAAUGUUAGGACCCAAUACCUCGAGGCUCUUUACCAUUCAAAGGGGUCACUGGCGUAUUUCGCGAAAGGUCCGCUCUCUAGGGCGAGGGCAGCUUUCCAUCUGGAUUGUGACUCCAACCUUGAAAUGAUUGACCUAAUAGAUUUUCUGAAGUCACUCAUCAUGACCACCGUCUUGAUAGACAAGAAGUACCGCGAGACAAUCCCCGAGCUCGUAACGAAACUCAAGACGUUUAUCGAUGGCUUGGAGACCCCGAAAUCUAAAAACAAAAAGCCCAAGAAACAGAAGCUUGGGAAGUCAGGGUUGUAUCCUGCCGAGGACGAGCAUAUCAGGAAAUGGUGGUCCUCACUCCAACCGACGCAACAUGGUGAUGAAGACAAAGUCAUGACGCCUGCUGAAAUCAGGUACCACAUAUCAUGUCUGCGAAGGAGAGAAACCCAACUGCAGAUGAUUCUGAUCCUUGAGAUUCUGUCGCUGGAGCUCUUGGCGCGACCAAAAGACACCGCCGGAGACUGCCAGUUGCCCGGGAUGGAGACCCAGACCGCCUCUCGAGAGGCUAGCCAGGAGCACUCAGCCAAGAAAAGGAACAAGCACAACUUGCCUGUGCUCCUCGAUGUUCACGCAGACCGCCUCUGCAUUUGGCAUUCUACAACGCUUGAUGAAGUCAAGGCAUUGGCCGAAUCUCAGCUGCCGACUGACGGUGUCGAGGCGGAAAAGUCGGAGGGAGCGAACUCGGACCCCCUGAGAGAUUUCUGUGUGGAUAUUGUCGUGCCAUUUUUUUCGGCACGGCUUCCAGCAAUCUGUGAUUCUAUCAAUCGCAAACUUGGCGGGCCGGUCGCGCCGUCCCCGCCUAAGGAGAAGGCUGCAAAGCCUGCCACCGCGGUCAAGCCAAAGCCUGGCGCCCCCGCAAACCGCCCGGCGGCCUUGAAGAAGAACGACCACAGAACGCUAGAACGCGCCCUCUCCCAAGAGCGGAGUAGACGUAGCGUUUCACGGGGUCCCGCCGACGCGAUUGCCCUAAUGCGGUCGGCAACUACUACGAAAAUCCCGGGACUAAAGCGGGAGGUGAGCGAACCGCUGUUGAUGGGUUUGCUUCCGAGAGCAGAUAUUGGCUCUCUUCAGGAGAGAUCAGCCAACAUCUUCUCGAGAAGCCUAAGCUCGGCAAGCGGAACCGACUUGAGAGCGAAGAAGAAGGCAGAGGUUGAGGCCGAACUCAAGGAUGCCAUCUCGGCGCUCAAGAAGCCAAAUCGCAGCCUAGCUGUCAAGGACUUCGUUGAGGCGGCUGAGAAGCGAGCAUCCAUGGGACAGCUUAAGAGGCUUAAGAAACCUAGCCGCACCCCGGCGAUCCAAGUCAAGGCCACACCAGCCAACAAUCGCUUCAAAGACGCGCUCGCAGCUGAAACUUCGCAAUCCCAACCGGCCGACAUUCCACCUUCAAGCGCCUCGAUUGUGCCAUCCUCUACCCUGCCUCGGAAGUUUGCCAACCGGCUCGGCAACUCUGGCGGGACGACCACAGACCGCAUCCAAGCCACACCGUUACGGCCCGUGGCGUCCACCUUGACAGCGGUGCAGGAAACACCCGGGCGUGUCCCCUCCUCAUCACCUCUCAUGGCCAGAAAGGCGGCGCCAUCUGCUGCCACGCAGCCUCAGGUCCAUGGCCAGCAGCAGCAACAGCAGCAGCGAUCGGAGUGGCUUUCCGUCCCGGCGACGACGGGCCGUUUCGGGUCCGGCUCAGGCUCGGGGUCCGCGGAGAUGCCCUCCUCGCCCGGCCUGGUUGGGCUUUUUGAGACGCCAGUGGCGCCAAGAUCGCGCCAGUCCGGAAAGGAUCCGGAGAGGCGAGAUGCCGGUAUUGUGGACGAUACGCCUAUCAAGCGGGGGCUUUUUAAUCCAGGGAGCGGAGGUGGAGCAGGAGGAUCUUCCGGUGUCGCAAAAAAGGAGGAAGUUAGCAUUUACCAGCGGCUUGGGUGGGACACAACGGAUUUGGAUGACAUUGAUAUUUGAUAAUGACCCGGAGUUCAUUAGACAGGGCGGAAGGGGUAAAUGUUGGUUUGUGCAUACUGUCGGCGUUAUGCUGUGGGAGGAAAAGCUGGUUGGUCGAUCUGGGUUUUGUUUCCUGGGCCGAACUCAACUCCCAGAACAAAGGAACAAAGGGGCGUUACUCGGCGGCAUGGGGUCAGCACGAGCAUGGCCAUUAGCAUUGUGUAGCUAGACAGGAUCACGAAGGCAUGCCUUGUGAGGGAGGUACAGCGAAUAGCAUCGAACGGAGAUGCCUGUAGGGCGUACAUGAAAAGAAUAUCACUGCCAGAUCCUG